UUCCACACAUGAGCUUGAGGGUAGUUUCGUCGUUCAUCCUGGUCUUGUGCAUCAACUCUCAGCCAGAGUCAGCAAUUCACUUGGGAAAUGAAACUGAUCGGCUCGCUUUACUCGCCUUCAAAUCUCUUAUAACCAGUGACCCAAUCCGAGUCUUGAGCUCCUGGAACAAUUCCCUCCAUUUCUGCAACUGGCAAGGAGUUACAUGCAGUUACAGGCACCAAAGAAUCACAGCCUUAAAUCUAACGUCCAAAAGCUUGGUGGGCUCUAUAUCUCCCCACGUAGCAAACCUCACCUUCCUUCGAGCAAUCGAUCUCUCCAACAAUAGCUUCCACGGCACAAUCCCCCGAGACAUCGGCCGCCUCUUCCGGCUCAAAGUUCUCAGUCUAAGUGAAAACUCACUGCAAGGAGAAAUCCCAUCCAAUCUCACCGGCCUUUCCGACCUCAGAAUCUUUGAUCUUGUCUACAACGAGCUCGUCGGGAGAUUUCCCAACGAUCUUGAUUCGUUUACAAAGCUCGUUAGAUUGGGUCUUUCAGUUAACAAUCUCUCAGGAAGAAUCUCCCCUUCGCUGGGAAAUCUUUCCUCUCUCACCCAUCUUUCUCUGGCAAGAAAUGGCAUCGAAGGAAGCAUCCCACAUGAACUAGGACGCAUCGCCGGCUUACAAUUCCUCCAACUAAGUGGAAAUAAGUUGUCUGGUACAAUUCCUCCCUCGCUUUACAAUCUCUCUUCUAUCUAUUUCUUCUCCGUGGCGGAUAAUCAGCUUCAUGGAAGCCUCCCACCCGAUCUAGGACUCUCCCUUCCUAAUCUUCGAAUGCUCUAUACGGGUGCGAACCGCUUUACAGGGCAUAUUCCAAUUUCCAUAACCAAUGCUUCUGGGCUUACCGAACUGUAUUUCACUGACAAUGAUUUCACUGGACCUGCCCCGACAGAUCUAGGAAACCUCAAGGGUCUUGUUAGGCUGGGUCUUGGAGGCAAUCGGCUUGAAUCCGAUGAUUUGAGCCUCCUCACUUCUCUGAACAAUUGCAGCGGCCUAAUCGUAUUAGGAAUAGGUGCAAAUAUCAUGAAAGGAAGAUUGCCCAGCUCCAUAGCCAAUCUAUCAACCCAACUAGAAAUUCUUUCCAUAGCAGCGAAUCAGAUAUCUGGAACAAUCCCUCCCGGGAUUGAAAACCUCGUCAGCUUAACCGCCCUCGAUAUGAAUCGAUGCUUGCUCACUGACACAAUUCCUCCUUCGAUCGGGAAGCUUCGGAAACUCCAGUAUCUGGACUUGUCUAGAAAUGGAUUUACAGGGCGAAUUCCACCCUCUAUUGGUAACAUCACUCAAAUGCUCAAACUCUAUUUAGAAGUAAACCAUCUUUCCGGAAGCAUUCCUUCGAGUCUUGGAAACUACCAGAGUCUGCAAAUAUUACACCUUUAUCAGAAUAAACUCGACGGUAGUAUACCCAAAGAAGUUGUUAGCCUUUCUUCCCUCUCAAUUUCCUUCAAUUUGGCGGGGAAUUCUCUAACAGGGCCACUUCCAGUAGAGGUGGGAAGCAUGAAGAAUCUUCCGGAGUUGGACAUUUCUGAAAACAGGCUGUCGGGUGAAAUUCCUGUCUCGCUUGGCGAAUGUGUGAGCUUGGAACGUCUGUACAUGCAGGGCAAUUUCUUUCAAGGAGGUGUUCCUUCGACCUUUAAUAAUCUAAAAGGCAUUGGAGAACUGGAUCUUUCGCGCAAUAACUUGUCUGGGAGAAUUCCAUCAUAUCUAGAAAAGCUUAACGGUUUGAAGUAUUUAAAUCUAUCAUUCAACAAUCUGGACGGGGAAGUCCCGAGUGGAGGAAUCUUUAGAAAUGGAAGUGCAAUUUCAGUCCUUGGAAACAGUAAGCUUUGUGGGGGUAUCACGACUCUGCAGCUGCCAGCAUGCCCUAUCACAACUUCAAAGAAGAAAAGAAGAUCUCAUGUCAUCAGGAUAGUAAUCCCAGUGAUUAGUGUGGUUUCAUUUAUAAUUCUAGCAUUUUGUUUAUUUGCUGCUCUUCAUUUCAUAAGAAAGAAACCUGAAUCAGAGAAGUCUUCUGAUGACCAAUUUUUAAUGGUUUCCUAUGCUGAGCUCCUUAAAGCGACUGAUGGGUUCUCUUCGGCCAAUUUGAUCGGUACAGGGAGCUAUGGCUCCGUGUUUAAAGGGAUUUUGGAUCGCGAUGAGAAGGUUGUUGCAGUGAAGGUACUCAAUCUUCAGCAGAGAGGAGCUUCCAAGAGCUUCAUCGCCGAAUGCGAGGCCUUGAGGAAUAUCCGGCAUCGGAACCUCGUUAAGAUCUUAACUUCAUGCUCAAGUAUUGAUUUCAAAGGUAAUGAUUUCAAAGCUCUAGUUUUUGAGUUCAUGCCUAAUGGGAGUCUAGAGGAGUGGUUGCACCCAAAAGCAGACGGGCCGCAUCAAUUGAGGAAUUUGAGUUUUGUUCAAAGACUAAACAUAGCCAUUGACGUGGCUUCUGCAUUGGAUUAUCUUCAUCAAGGUUCCCAACAACCGAUCGCUCAUCGCGAUCUGAAGCCGAGCAAUGUGCUACUUGAUGAAGAUAUGAAUGUACAUGUGGGCGAUUUCGGGCUAGCAAGGUUUCUUACUAAAACAUCGAAUAGUUCUUCUCAAAAUCAAUCCAACACAGUUGUGAUAAAGGGAUCGAUUGGGUAUGUUGCACCAGAAUAUGGGAUGGGUGGAAAUGCGUCUUCGCAUGGAGAUGUUUACAGUUAUGGGAUCCUUUUGUUAGAGAUGUUUACAGGAAAGAGACCCACUGAUGACAUGUUUAGCAAUGGUUUAAGCCUUCAUAUAUUCGCUAAGAUGGCUCUUCCAGAACAAGUGAUGGAGAUUGUGGAUCCAAAAUUGCUUUCAGAAAAAGGAAAUGAAGAAGAACAUGUCUUUAACGUUGGAAAUAAUGAUAGAGACGUGAGGAGUAAAAUGCAUGAUUGCUUGGUUUCAAUUGUUAGAAUUGGAGUUGCAUGUUCUGCGGAAUCGCCGAGAGAACGAAUGGAGAUGAGAGAUGUUGUGAUGGAAAUGAAUGCAUUAAGGGACUUGUUUCUUGGGAAUGGAGUCUACAAACAGAGGAUAUAAGAGUAGUGAAAUAGGAUGCAAAUGGCCAUACCGGGGUUCAUGUAAUCUCUAAUGUCAUACAACGAAGAAAAAGCAUGAUAUCUGUUUGUCAGAUGUGUGCCGUCAGUCAAAAGGAGAAAAAUCAUCAUUUCACACGGAAAAUCUUUGCUUUUUAAUGCAGGCUCUGCAUGGACAUCAUUUGGCCACGUUAGG